AUGUCCUUCAAACAAUAUCUUACCAUGGUUGUGAUGUGUGUCACGAUGUCUUUCUUGCUUAAUAUCAACUCGAUCAAUGCUAGGGAUCUCGCUUGUACUGGUGGAUACAAUCCAGAAGUCCCAAACCGUAAAGAGGGCGGGAUAGAGCACACUUGUGAUCCUCUCAAGUGUGGUCAUGAUAAUGCUCAUUUUGUUUCAUGGGAUAAAUGUGUACCCUACCCUUCGCAUGGUGUCCGUAAUGUCCCUCCAGCUACAAAAAACUGCGUGACCUACACUUACUUUGACUCAAGUAGAUACAUGUGUCACGAUUCUCAAGAUGCACGGUUUCUAUGCCAUCACACGGUUAACGAUAGACCAGUCAUAACAUGUAAAGGAUGUAGUAAUUAA